UUGUACCUGAUUACACAAACAAGUUAGCCAUAACAAAAUGAGCAUUAGAGGUGCUGGUUGAACUACUCUUAGACAGAGCCACGGCAGCUGUUUCCUCCGGUUUCCAAUCUUAGUGCUAAGCUAAGCUAACCAUCAGUAGUGCCAUCUGCAUGUCAAUAUUUAACAUACAUGUGACUGGUAUCAAUUUAACUAUUAAAUAUGUCAAACUAACUGUGUAUACUAACUAAACAAACAGCAUGGGGGCCUUUAACAUUAGACUACAUGGGCUCACCAGGUUAAUCUGGCCCAGCAACACUGGACACUGUGUAAUAUUUAAUAUGAAAAGCAAUAGGUCUAUAUGAACCGUCCUAAGAUGCAUUAAACCAUUUUAGUGGCAUACAUUUAGAGCCAUACAGGUAUAGUGACAUUUCGAACAGGCCUAACUUAGUCGACAAACAGAAAAUAUCUAAAUAUGAAAAGUCACUGUGGGACAUAGUGCAGUGAUGGCAGAUAUGUCUUCAGUACAUCCAAGGCACGGCUGACAGAACCACCUGCAGCUAGGACACAUAUGUGCAGCGAAAACACCUAUGCCAGUGUUUAUAGACCUGCAGCAGCCUGCGUGGUGUUUCCCAAACUCUGUCGUCACCACCAGUCACGACUAGUGCGCGUGUAGAUGCAAUGAUCAUGUUCCUCCUCCUCCACCAACACCACCACCUCCUCCUCAUCAUCAUCUAUCUGAUACACUAGGGCUUUCCCUUUACAUGCAACGACCAUGCAAUAAAAACAGAGUCUAGUCCUCCCAGCCCCACCACCACCUGGAGUAUUUGUGCACACCACCAUGCAAGCGACGGACACCGGAGCAUCUGACACCGACGCUACUGUAAACAGUAGCAGCCUCAGCAACACCGCAGACGUCGACGAGAGCGACGGGGCAGGGGAGAGGAUGGACAGGACGGUGCCAAGCGAACAGCAGGACAGGACCAAAAAUCACCAGCAGCGGCCAACGUCCUCAACGCCGUCCGGAGUGCUCGAUAAAUUGUUCGGGAAGCGCCUUCUGCAGGCCAGACACUACAUUAUGUCUCGGAAGUCCUGGCUCAAGAUGGUGCCCACCGAAAACUGUGAUAUCCUGAUGACAUUCCCAGAUGCAAUAGAUGACCACACUCUGCUGUGGCUCCUGAAUCAGAUUCGUGUUGGAAUCCCACAAGUCAGCAUUCAGGUUCGGCAGCAUAAACACACCCAGACACACGCCUUCUUCAUCACGACAACAUUUGAGAACUUACUGCGGGGAGCAGAGCAGAUGGGCAUGCACAAGGCCGUCAAACCACAAUUUGGUGGCGGUAUGCGGCGCUUUUCCUGCGAGGAAGACAACAUCUAUGAGAACAUAGAGAGCGAGCUCUGCUUUUUUACCUCACAGGAGCGUCAGAGCAUUAUAAAGUAUUGGCUGGACAAUCUGCGAGCCAAACAGGGGGAGGUGCUUCACAACAUUCACUUCCUGGAGGGACAGCCAAUCAUUCCAGAGCUGGUAGCUCGGGGGGUGAUCCAUCAAAUGUUUCCUCUCCAUGAGCAGAGGAUCCUCAACCAGCUGAUGACAUCCUGGGUCCAGGCUGUGUGUGAAAGGCAGCCCCUGGAUGAUAUCUGUGACUACUUCGGAGUGAAGAUCGGCAUGUAUUUUGCCUGGCUGGGUUUCUACACUAACUCCAUGCUUUACCCUGCUGUCAUUGGCUUUCUGCUCUGGAUACUCGCAGAGGCUGACCAGACCAGUCAGGAUAUCUGCUGUGUGGUUUUUGCCCUCUUCAAUGUUGUGUGGGCCACGUUGUUUCUGGAGCGCUGGAAGAGGCGGGAGGCGGAGCUGGCCUACAGGUGGGGCACCCUGGACACCCCCGCCGAGUCCUUGGAGGAGCCCAGACCCCAGUUCAGGGGAGUGAAGCGCUGCAGUCCCAUAACAGGCUGUGAGGAGUUCUACUACCCGCCCUGGAAGAGAGCUCUGUUCAGAUGGCUGGUCAGCCUGCCCAUCUGCCUCCUCUGUCUCUGUUUUGUCUUCCUCGCUAUGCUCCUCUGCCUGGAACUGCAGGAGGUGGUGAUGGAGAUUCAGGAGCUACCUGGUAUCACAAGAUUCAUUCCUAAGAUACUUCUGGCCCUUACUGUAACCAUAUGUGACGAAGUGUAUAAGAAGAUUGCAUACUGGCUUAAUGACAUGGAGAACUACAGACUUCAGAGUGCCUAUGAGAAUAAUCUCAUCAUCAAAAUGGUUUUUUUUGAAUUCAUCAAUUCUUACCUUAGCCUUUUCUAUAUCGGCUUCUACCUCAAGGACAUGGAGCGACUUAAGGAGAUGCUAGCCACUCUACUGAUCUUCCGCCAGUUCCUACAGAACAUUAAAGAGGUCCUCCAGCCUUAUCUCUAUGAGCAGAACAAGCUGGGUGUCUUCACCCCAAAGGUGCUGUGGGAGCUACUCCAAGCCAUCAUGCUCAAGUAUGGCCGCCUGGCUCUGGGAAAGGCCCAAGCCUCAAUGACAGGCUAUUCCUUCCUGGGUCCCAGAGGGAUCCCUGUCAGUCACACUGCUAACGGUAACCCGGAGACAAGGAGAAGAGGGGAUCUGAAAGCCGGGUUCAGGCUGACAGAGGAGGAGUGGGACAUGAAUGACAGCAGUCUGAAGCAACGUAAAGUCAGCUUCACAGAGAAGGUCGACUACCAGGAUGUCACGACAGAAACACAGACGGUGUAUGACAGCUCCCUUGAGGACAGUCCCACGAUGGUGGAGGAAGGGAUGGAUCGGUCCAGUAUUUUUGACAGUUGUGACGAGGACAGUGAUUGUGAAUCGUUGGCUCAACAGGAGACCAAGGAGAAUGCCACUGUGUCCUCUCCAAAGGAAUCUGACUCUCUCUGUCAGAGAAGAAAGAAUGUAGGUGAGGGGAGAACAGAAGAGAAUAAGAAGUCCUGGAUUGAUCCACCAGAAGAACCCAAAACUGUCACUCUGACCCAGGCUGAGAUUGAGAGCUGCAUGCAGACGUACGAGGACACACUCCAGGACUACCAAGAAAUGUUCAUUCAGUUUGGCUAUGUGGUGCUCUUCUCCUCUGCGUUUCCCCUGGCGGCCAUGUGUGCUCUUAUCAACAACAUAAUCGAGAUCCGCAGCGACGCCUUGAAGCUCUGUACCGGCCUGCAGAGACCCUUUGGACAGAGGGUGGAGAACAUCGGACAAUGGCAGACUGCAAUGGAGGCCAUGGGCUUGAUAGCCAUUAUAGUUAACUGUUAUUUGAUUGGUCAGUGUGGGCAGCUCCAGCGUCUUUUCCCCUGGUUGAGUCCUGAGAUGACCAUCAUCUCCAUCGUCUUACUGGAGCACUUUGCAAUCCUCCUAAAGUACAUCAUCCAUGUUGCCAUCCCUGAUAUCCCUGGCUGGGUAGCAGAAGAGAUGGCCAAGCUAGAAUACCGACGAAGGGAAGCUUUCAAGAAGCAUGAGCAGCAGGCCCAGCAGCACUUCCAACAACAGCUCAGACGCCGACGUGAAGAGGGGGAGCUUCAGCGGCAGGCUGAGCUGCAGGCCGAGGCCCGCCAGGAGAGCGACUACCACAAGGCAGACACCCAGCACAUGCACCAGCACCACCAUGACAAAGCACCAGGCGGCAAGCCAGGGGACAAGCCAAAGAGACCCAGCUCUCUGCUGGGAAACAACAAUGUCAUGAAGCUAAAGCAGAUCAUCCCUCUCCAGGGGAAGUUUUCCUCCGGCACCUCACGCUCCCCAGCCCAGUCCCCAACAGGAGGUGAGGCAAAGCUCCCAGGAUUUCUGAAGUUCUUGAAGUCGCCUGAGGUGAAGAAAGAGCCAGCAGUGGCAGUUGGAGCAACUCCAGGGUCAACAGUGACCUCCUCAGCUCCCUCUGGUGGCCAGGAGAGGUCACAGUCUCCCAACAGGACAUUCAGUCCUGGGAAGCUGUUCAGCUUCAGCAAAUCAGAAGGGACUGUAGUGUGUGUGAAUGGGACACAACCAGCAACCCAGCUUACUAACGCUCAGCCCAACAGGGCUGACUUGAACACCUCGCUGGAGGAAUUACCCUCUAAUGAGUCAGAUAAAGGAGAAUCAAGACAAUUGACCGAUUUAGAAAACUCUGUCUCAAAGAGUUAAUAAAUGUUCAACCGUACCAAUGUAUCUCCUACCUGUGCUGUAGGAGAACACAUUAGUCACAAGGACCACACGUAAGGUCAACGAGCGUUUAGACUUUCACUCUUGAGGCAACUUACUUCGCACAAAGUAUUAUACUGUAUCUAUUAACAUUUGAAUAUCUAGCUUCCAUGUAAAAUAUGUACAGUAAGUGUAACUCCCUGAAUGGGGCUUGAGUAACCUUAACUGAAGGUUAAAAUACUGCAUGACUGCCUGGUUUUUAGCAGCACCAGAGCAGGUAACUGAUGUGAAGGAUCUUUUUUUCCAAAAACCAGCUGAUCAUCAACGAGCACUUGUGUCAAAGGACAUUAACAGCAGCUUCUCACUCCAGGUUUGUUUCUCAUUCUGAUGCCUGUAAUGCAUGUUGCAUCAUGUGCAUGCGUUACGUAUCCAUCGUGUCUUUUCAGUUGUGAAGCACUUUCAAAGCCAUUGUAUUCUUCUGCAAUAGGUCAGAUUAUAUUCACUGUGACCAUAACAAAUAUUCUAUUUUUCUUAACUUUGAUUUUCUAUGAAUUAUUUUACUACAUAAAUUAGUGAAUGUACUUCUAUAAUGUAAAUAAAUCUCACUUGAAUAAAACAUCCAUCAACA